AUGCCUUUAAGGAGUGCUGUUGGCUUUCUUCACGGAUUGCUAUACAAACCUUAUGGAUUCUGGGUUUUAUCACCGGUUUUCAUUAUCUUGGAGAUUUUAUGUGGCUUCAUUAUCAUUGACAAAGUACCAUAUACUGAAAUUGACUGGGUUGCGUAUAUGCAACAAGUGAGAGGAUUUAUAAACGGAACUUUAGACUAUGAUAAGUUGGAAGGCCAAACUGGGCCUUGUGUAUAUCCUGCCGGACAUUUAUAUGUUUAUACAUUCCUGCACUGGCUUUCAGGUGGUGGAUCCCUGAUCAGAAAUGCUCAAUUUGUAUUCCUCGGGCUUUAUAUAACAACACUGGUACUAAUUUUCAACAUAUACAGAUUAUCAUCCCAGAUCCCUCCUUAUGCCCUCUUUUUUAUGUGCAUUAUGUCUUAUCGUGUGCAUUCAAUAUACCUCUUAAGGCUUUUCAACGACCCGGUGGCCAUGCUCUUCCUUUAUGCCUCUGUCAAUGCACUUCUAUACAACCGUUUUACGGUCGGUAGCAUUUUGUUCAGUCUUGGUGUUUCGGUGAAAAUGAAUAUAUUAUUGUUCCUUCCUGGUUUCCUAAUUGUGUUGGUAUGGCACAAGGGAAUUUUGGAGACAAUAGGUCACCUGUGUGAGUGUUUCAUCGUUCAACUGGCCGUAGGUACACCUUUUCUAUUCCACAAUGCAUGGGCGUACGUUAGCAGUGCAUUUAAUUUCGGUCGUCAAUUUAUGUAUAUAUGGACAGUCAACUGGAGAUUUCUACCAGAAAGUGUAUUUUUGGAUAGGCGAUUUCAUAUGAUUCUACUAAUCUUGCAUUUAUGUAUGUUGUUCGUAUUCUUCUGGAAGUUUAUUCGCUCUCGUGGUGGGAUGAAAAAUUAUUUCUGUAUAUUUGACCCUGAACGUGAUUCAAAGUUGGAUCCCGCAGCUGUUCUAUAUCCUAUGUUCGUAUGCAAUUUUGUUGGUAUUGUUAUCAGCCGUUCGUUGCAUUACCAAUUCUACGUUUGGUAUUUUCAUACAAUUCCAUAUUUAUUGUGGUGUGUUAGACGUUUUUCCACUCCUGUGAAGCUAUUAAUUCUUGGUCUUAUUGAAAUCAGUUGGAACACUUAUCCAUCAACAAUUUUGAGUAGUGGUUUACUAAAUUUAUGCCACUUAGCAUUACUAGUUGGAUUAAUUAUGGAAUUAGUGCCAAUUAGAUUAGCAUCACUACAUGUCAAAAAAGAAGUUGUAAAUAAUUCCGUCAGUACUCCUUCAAAAAGUCAACCACGCAAAAAAGCUUCCAAAAAAUCAUGGACUGGUGGGAAGCACAAACAAGCCUAA